GCAACGAGAAGAGGUUCCUGGAAAUCUAGCCGUGGUUUCUCGCGCAUCCACACCUAAUUAACUCCUCGACAGCCACCUUUGCCUGUAUUCUCCCGUCGCCUGCCUGCCCCUUUAUAAGAGGAACAAAGACGACCUCCUCUGGUCGUCGUUGGCAGCAGCAAAGCUUCAAGGCUUGUUCAGUUCAGUGCUUCAGUAAGUGCAGUAGUCUAGUGGGUACCCUAAGGCUCAGCUCCUCCAACACUGAGAAAUGAUGGCUUCUUCUUCCUCCUCUUCCUUCUUUGGCAUCGAGCCACUCGACGGCGGCGGCGAGAGCGAGACCUGCCGCCACGCCAUGGACGCCUGCUCCCUCUGCGGGAAGCACCUCGCCGGGGACUGCGACAUCUUCAUGUACAGAGGGGACACGCCGUUCUGUAGCGAGGAGUGCAGGUACCACCAGAUGGUCAGGGACGAUUUCAAGACGGAGCGGCGUCCGGCGAGGAAAGAGGAGCAACGCCAACGCCGCAGGCACCAGGCUCCUGCCGCCGCCGAGCCGCCGGCCCAUGUCCCACUCGCGGCGGCAAACGUGCCCGUUGCCAUCUAACGAUGAUCGGUUGGCAGUGGCACAGAGCGGCAUCCGAUCGGCUUCUCUGAAGGAGACAACGAACAGUCCGAUCGAGAUAAGUAUGUAGCGGCAGAGCAACCACGCCCUCGAUAGUAUCUUUGUGUUCUUUUCUGUGUUCGUUGAUGCUGGCCACUUUUUUUCUUCACGUGCUGAGCAAUGGUGCGAGAGAAAUGGAUGUACAUAACGGCAUUUUCAUGCAAGUCUAUGCAUUUUUGCUGUUGUCCCUUUGCUAUUUGCAAUCAGAACUUUAGCCAGCGUUAUCCGCCUAUCAAACACGGGAACAUAUCUGGUGGAAACACAUGCCCUUGGUGCUUGUUCUCUCAAUCCCCUCUUAAGAGAUUGAAGGGGAUUAGGAGGAUUUUGAUUUGUCUGUUUUUAAUUACUUUCAAUCUCCUUUAAUUGUCAUUGAUUUUCACUUAACCAAACAAGGCCUUAGCUGCCCUUGCGAGUAAAAGAGCAAUUGCAAGA